GGGCCUACUUUUGGAGGUGUGCUCAUUUACCCCGGCUCCUCCUCUAUGAGUCAACCUGCUCUCCUUCCUUAUGACCCUUUCAGCAUUUGGCUGCUGCUGACAAUUUUCUCUGCUGCCUGUUUCCUUCACACAUCAGAAGCAAAAUGGCAUCUGGAGUAGAAGUCGAAGACCAGGUGAAAGACCUCUUCAAUGAAAUGAAAGUACACAAAAACAACGACGAUGAUCAAAAACGUCCAAGAGUUGUGGUAUUUGAUAUCGAUGAUGGAAAAAUUAGAGUGAAAGAAAUUUUGCGGCAAGAGGACCUGAAAGGUGACGACGAAGACGUCUUUAAGGUCCUCAAGACACGGUGUGGAGAAAAAUGCUGCUGCUACGUGUUGUACGACUGCCACUAUGAACUCAAGGAAACUGGCAAAAGGGAGGAUCUGAUCUUCUUUUCGUGGACUCCCAGCAACGCAGGCAUUAGGCAGAAUAUGGUCUACGCUAGCUCCAGAGAGGCCCUUAAGAAGAUCUUCACUGGUGUCAAGCAUUUCCUCGAGCUCCAUGAGACCUGUGAACUUAGUGCAGACCAUCUUGCAUCCGAAAUGGGAAAAGAUAUCUGCUCAAUGGAGGGCCACGAGCAGCAGCGCCGCCAUUAGUAAAAACAGUCAUUCCCCUGCUUCAUAACGGGUACAUUUAAAGGGAUUUUGAGGGGGGUCAACAAAGUCUAAAGGGCAGGUUUUGGCACUGGAUUGGAUUAGAUUUCAGUAACACAAAUCCCUUAUGUGUGUGCUACUAAACUGUCCAGUCAAAUGGGUUUGACUGUGAAAUCAGUUUUAUUCAGAUGUAAUUUUUUUUCCCAUUCUUUUACAUAUCCAUACAUUAAUACCAUUAUCUGUCGCCUGAAUCUUUGUACAUUUCUUAAUCAGUGAGUUUCAAUGUGCAUGCAUGCCGUUUGAAUCCAGCAUAAACACAAUUUGUCAGCCUUGUGUGUAUGUUAACCACAGAGAGCUAAAUCCUAAGACAUCUUAAAUUUGUAUUUCUAGACUGUUACACUUUGCUAAACGCCAAUAAUAAAAGAAAUUGGAGUAUUGUCAAAUAAAUUCAAUACAACCAUU